AUGAGAAUAGUUUGUAGAUUGGAGCUUUAUCAAUGUCAAGAAAAUGCUAUAGCUGCACAAAGUGAAAUGUCUGUGCAUACACAACCACAUACUACAGUAAAGCCAUAUCAAUGUGAACUAUGUACAAAGAGUUUUAUGCUAAAAGCUGAUCUAACCAGACACAUACGAAUCCAUACUGGUGAUAAACCUUAUCCAUGUGAACUGUGUGGGAGGAAGUUUUCUAGAAAAGAUGAACGAAAAAUACACAUCAGGAAACACACUGGAGAGAAACCAUAUAAAUGUAAACAAUGUGAGAAGAGUUUUAUUAGGAAGGACUAUUUGACAUUUCAUAUGAAAAAACAUGCUUAUAAGAAUUCAUGUCAAAUUCAUCAACAUAAGAAAACAUCCUCUAUGAUACAAGACCCAACGAACCACAUGAGUGCACUUACAUGGAGUCGGGAGAAACCUUACCCAGAACAAAAUGAAAAUACCAUGACUGCAAAUAAUGGACUGGUUAUGCACAAGCCAUAUCAAUAUGAAAUAGUUGAUAGCACCUUGGCUGAAAACCGUCAAAUGUCUACAAAUGUACAAAUGACAGACAUUGGAGUGAAGUAUUAUUUUUGCCAACCAGAUAAAAACGUCCUAGCUGGAAGCCAUAAACAUUCUUUACACAAGCAGACAGAUACUGGAGUGAAGUGUGAUGAAAAUAAGCCAGAUGAAAAAACCAUGGUUGUAAAUAAUGAACUGACUACAUCAACGUAUACAACAACUGAUGCAUGGGGGACACUUUAUAAAUAUGUACAACAUAGAAAUAACUUUGAUGCAAACAAUGAUCUGACCAUGCAUAUGCAGACAGAUUCUGGCACAAUAGCUAAUCAAUUUGAACAAAAUGAGAAUAAUUUGACUGGAAAUAGUGAAUUGAACUUACAUAUUCUAAAAAAUACUCAAGUGAAGCCUUAUCAAAAAGAUGAAGACAGCACUGGUGCAAUCGGUGAAUUGUCUGUGCUUGAACAGACACAUACUACAGUGAAGCCAUAUCAAUGUGAACUAUGUACAAAGAGUUUUAUGCUAAAAGCUGAUCUAACCAGACACAUACGAAUCCAUACUGGUGAUAAACCUUAUCCAUGUGAACUGUGUGGGAGGAAGUUUUCUAGAAAAGAUGAACGAAAAAUACACAUCAGGAAACACACUGGAGAGAAACCAUAUAAAUGUAAACAAUGUGAGAAGAGUUUUAUUAGGAAGGACUAUCUGACAUUUCAUAUGAAAAAACAUGCUUAUAAGAAUUCAUGUCAAAAUCAUCAAAGUAAGAAAACAUCUUCUGUGACACAAGUUCCAUUUAAUUGUACAAGUACACUUACAUGCAGUAAGGAGAAACAACAAUUAAAACAAAAUAAAAAUACAGUCGCUGAUAACAGUCAGCUGCACAAUCUUAAUAUUGGAGUGAAGAAUUAUAAAUGUAGACAAGCUGGGAAUAACUCUGCUACAAACAGUGAACUGACAAUGCACAUGCAGAGAGAUACUGGAGUGAAGACUCAUGAAUGCAAAUUGAAGGAAAAUACCUUGACCGCAAACUGUGACCUGACUAUGUACAAGACGAUACAUACUGAUGUGACUCCCUAUCACUCUGAACUGAAUAAAAAUAACUUUUCUGCAAACAUCGACUUACCUUUACAUGUGGAAACAGAUACUGGAAUAAAGUCUUAUCAAUGUAAACCACAUGACAACAGUUUUGCUGGAAACAGUGAGAUGACAAUGCAUAUGUUAUCAAAUACUGGACAGGUGAAGCCUUAUCAAUGCACACAAAAUGAAAAUACAUCUACUCCAAAUUGUGUAACCUCUGUGCAUACACACCCACAUACUACAGUAAAGCCUUAUCAAUGUGAACUAUGUACAAAGAGUUUUAUGCUAAAAGCUGAUCUAACCAGACACAUACGAAUCCAUACUGGUGAUAAACCAUAUCCAUGUGAACUGUGUGGGAGGAAGUUUUCUAGAAAAGAUGAACGAAAAAUACACAUCAGAAAACACACUGGAGAGAAACCAUAUAAAUGUAAACAAUGUGAGAAGAGUUUUAUUAGGAAGGACUAUUUGACAUUUCAUAUGAAAAAACAUGCUUAUAAGGAUUCAUGUCAAAAUCAUCAACAUAAGAAAAUGUCCUCUUUGAUGCAAGAUCCAGCUAACCACAUGAGUGCACUCACAUGGAGUAGGGAGAAACCAUACCCAGAACAAAAUGAAAAUACCGAUGCUGCAAACGGUCAACUGUUUACAUGGUUGUACAAUCAUGAUACUUAUAAAUGUGGACAAGAUGGGAAUAACUUUGCUGCAAACAGUGAACUGACUAUGCAAAUGCAGAGAGAUUCUGCCAUGACACUUUAUCAGUGUGAACAGGAUGAGAAUAGUUUGGCUGAAAAUAGUGAAGUAUCUUUACCAUUGCAGACAAAUAGUAGAUUGAAGCCUUACCAAUGUCAAGAAAAUGAGAAUACCAUUGCUGUACAAAGUGAAAUGUCUGUGCAUACACACCCACAUACUACAGUGAAGCCAUAUCAAUGUGAACUAUGUACAAAGAGUUUUAUGCUAAAAGCUGAUCUAACCAGACACAUACGAAUCCAUACUGGUGAUAAACCAUAUCCAUGUGAACUGUGUGGGAGGAAGUUUUCUAGAAAAGAUGAACGAAAAAUACACAUCAGGAAACACACUGGAGAGAAACCAUAUAAAUGUAAACAAUGUGAGAACAGUUUUAUUAGGAAGGACUAUUUGACAUUUCAUAUGAAAAAGCAUGCUAAUAAGAAUUCCUAUCAAAAUCAUCAAAGUAAGAAAACAUCCUCUGUGAUACAAGAUCCAACUAACCACAUGAGUGCACUUACAUCAAGUAGGAAGACGUAUCAAUAUAAACAAAAUGAGAAUAUCUUGGGUGCAAAUAGUGAACUUAUUAUGCACAUUCGGGCAGAUGCUUCAUUAACGUUGAAUUUCAUUCACGGUAGAGAUAUUCACCAAUAUGUCCCUCUCUACAUGACCAAUUUAUUAAGAAUGAAUAAUUUCAUCAUGUCGUCAGAUAAACCUAAAACUAGUUCUCAUAUUCCAAUGGCCUGGUUGAUUGCAAAAGUAGUUGAAUAUCUGACAGAGAAAGAAGGUAUAGAAACAUUCUAUGUGAUGCAAUGCUUUUCAUAG